CAGUUGUCCAAUAUCUUCUUGUUGGAAACCUUACUUCAAAGUUCUCUUCAUUGACAGUAACUUAAUGAGCUCUCUAAUUCAAUUUUGAUGAAAUUCAAGAAAGCCAUUCAUAUACGAAAACUGGUAAUUACAUGAAGAACAUCUAAAUAAUGGAAUAUAAUGCGAUGAAGGCCAUUCCAUUGUCGCAUUAAUACCGGGAUGUCCAGAGUUCCAAUUGACAACUCAAGUGGUAUUGGUUCCCAAUAUCCUUCCGCAGUCGGGAGACCAGCGCUUAAGGUGACACACAACCAAUCCUGCGGGACAGAAUAACAGCUGAAAGUUUGCAAAUCCUGCGGAAGCCAAAAUAUUUGCUAAGAAACAUUGGAUAAAGGAGUAGGGGGAGUGCGUACUACAUCGCGUGCGGGGAUUACAGCGAACAAGGAUGGACGUGUAUAUUUUUCUUUUCUUAGGAUUGUUUUCAAGAUUCACAGGAACAGUCGGGCAGAAAAGCUAUGUUGCUGAAUCUUCCAACGUCUUUACGACAGCCUUUCUGAAGUACAAUAAGCAUUUCCGCCCCUAUAACGAGUCUGCUACACCGCUCCUACUGAAUGUUCGAUUUGAUUUGGUAAAGGUUUUAAAAGUAGACCCCGAAACUCCGAGUAUGACUUCUAUAGUGGAUACCCGAUUUCAAUGGGUGGACGGGCGACUUUACUGGUACUCAGACAUCAUAAAGCACGUGACAGUCAACGUUACUGAAGUGUGGACACCCGAUGUUUAUUUCCUGAAUAUGGAGUCCCAACCAGAAGUACUAAUUAAUCCUCGCUUUUUGACCAUAGAGUCCACAGGAAAGGUCUAUUGGUACCAGCGGACCAAGCUCAUUACUCCAUGCUCCUCAGAAUCUAACGGAGACUUUGUCUGCCCAGUGACUUUCGGUUCUAUGCAGUUUCCUCAAAGUGAACUCGACUUUGACCGCAUAGAAUGUGAAUAUAGCAAUGCAAAUAGCAAGAAUGUUAACGUCACUUCCGUUGCAAUGGAAAUAGAUACAGAGGAUUUACCGCGUGUACCUUUCUCUAAGAGCACGUCAAAAAGAGGAAGUUGUGUUGCUUCUAUUUCCGUUGAUCUGGAGGCAAGCAACAGGGAGAAAUAUAGUUACCAGAAAUUUGAAGCUCAAAGGGGGAAUAUGAAAUCAUCGUCUGUCUAUAUAAUGGCCAACUUAGUGACUGUUAUUUUGUCUCUAACAUGUGUUUGGGUAAAAUAAAAGAUAUGUAAAGAAAGCUAUUUAAUGUGAAAGUAGACAUGAAUAUAAGCAAAAAUGAGAGAUAAUAGUUCAUCAUGCAAAGGCAGUUCGUCUCUUUGAAGAAGCAACCUGUACAUGAUAUGAAUGUUUUAAAACUGAAUUAUUUGUAGAUACAUGUACGUGUCUAUUCCUUAUCCACCACUGACUUAUUCUUCCAAAAUAUCCAUUUUUUAAAAAAAUGUGUUUCAGAGAGUAUACUGCGCAAAUCUUUAGUGCAUUCUAAAUACUUCUGUACCAAAGCUUGUGAACACUAUACAAAGGACGAUAGUGACUUUUAUAGCUGUAGUAACUUUGCUAGUACAUGCAUUUAUGCUGUUAUACACGUAGCAGAAUAUUUAGCGCUUAUCAAAUCGACUGCAUAAUUGCACAUAGGUAUAAGCAGGUUUUUGUAACUUUGAAUAAAGGAUACAAUAUAUCUGCACAAAAAUACUCAUGUAGGUUUUUGCAUUAUUAAGCCUUGAAAAUAAAGUCUGUUAAUCCAUUUUCAUUUAGUUGGAAAAAUAUUGUAUGUUGUUUUCUUGAAUGUAUAAAAUUAUUUUACAACAACUGUAUAUGAAACUGUCAAAAUGGUCAAAGAGUCAAUGCUUUUUAUAUAGUUUGAGAGAGAAAGAAAGAGAGAAAGAAAGAUAGAGAGAGAGUUUUCUAUAAAACAAGUGACGUGUAGUUCAUCAUAUAAAAAUCAAAUUAAGCAAUCGAUGGAUGUCCUAUCCCAAUCUUUUGCAUAAAUUAACUCUAGCUUAUAUUAAUUUCUCAGAUACUAGAAUACAUGUUUUGUUAUAUGAAAGAGUCUGUAUUAAGGUCUUCGUUUUAUAGAUCACACUGACAUUAAACAUUUAAAAUAA